CAAAGCAUCCCUUUGAAGCAACGAGAUCAAAAUACUUCGUAUUCCUCUCACCAUCGUCGAAUGCUUGAUUCAUAAUUCCGGGUAAAAGAUCAAAAUAUUGGUUCUGAACAGCUCGGACUAAAUCCUGUCAUUCCUACUCAGCUCCAGAGAUCCCAAGACACAGAUACAACUUCCUCCAAGAACACUAUCUUCAUUCAUCCGCAUAACAAACACAUCAUCAAACACAUCCUCAACAACAACACUCUACAUACCACCAUCUCAACAACCAAUACCAAUAUCAACACCAAAACAAACCUCAUCACCACCACUACCACCACCACUACAAACAGCAACCAUGCAUUCCCGCCGCAACAACGCAACCGUCACCCGCACCACCAAGCCAACCCUCAUGACCCGUCUCCGAGGCCGUAAUGCCCGCACGAAGACCACCAAGACAACAACCACAGUUCAACCCGGCGCCGCACGACCAGUCCGCGCUUCAAGAUGGGGAGGCAACCGCCGCACUGCUGCGCACCACACUACCACCCCAGUGGUGAGACAGAGACGCCAUGCUACGAUCGGUGAUAAGAUCUCGGGAGCUAUGAUGAAGCUCAAGGGAAGCUUGACGAGACGUCCAGGUGUCAAGGCUGCUGGAACUCGCAGAAUGCACGGCACUGAUGGAAAGGGUUCCCACCGUGUCUAUUAAGUCUUUCUCACAUCGUAAGACUUGGGUUGGAUGCGUGGUUGAUAACAACAACAGCCACACACUUGUAUGAUUAUUUGACGAGAUACCCGAUUUAAUGACUUUCAAGCGAGCGAGCGAAUGACCAAAUGUUUGGCGGAUUA